AUGGCAGACCGCUGGGCCCCGCGGCGGGGAGCAGCGCGGUGUCGGCAGCCGUGGCAGCAUCCGACGCGUUUCGUCGUGGCCGCUCAGCUCCUAUCCGAAGAUCCACCACGGCGUGACAUCGUCCGCCGGCAAUUGCCCAGCACCAGCGCCCUCCUCCGACAUGACGCGCCCAAAGGUACCGCCCGAGCAGCGCCAGAGGACCGCCCAGGCCUGCGAGGUCUGCAAACGCCGGAAGCAGAAAGUGAGUCACUCUCCCAGACUCCCAGACCCCCGAGCUCUUCCGCCUCCGCCUCCGCCUCCGUCCCCAGGUCUCCGUGCAUCCCAAUUGCGCUGCCGUCGCACCCGCCAAGCACCGUGGCCGCUUCUCCACGCUUCCACGCCCCCGCCGUCGCCCGUACGGUCAUUUCCCACGUCCUGUCUGCCCUAGCUCAGCCGUCCGCCCGCGUCGCCAUGCAGACUGGCGCGCCGACCACCACGUGGCAUCGGCCUUCUGCUGGCCACAGCAUCAUCGAGAUCGUCCUUACUGACCACCGCUGCAGUCGCAAGUUCACUUGCAUAUACCUCGACCGAGAGGACCAGCCGGGAGACGGGCCGCUUCCCAAGAAACUUCAAACUGAAAAUGGCGCGGCGGGUGCUUCAGCCCAUCCCGGCGGUGCUGGCGAGGACCCUCAGGACUCCGCUGGUGUGAACGGCAGUCAUAAGAACUCGCCAACCCUCCCGAAGGCAUCUGUCUCAUCGCCAAAACAGCCUGGAGCGAAUUCUCAUGUGAAUGGACCUCAGAAACAAGCACGUCAUGCACCUUCAAAGCCCCUUGAGUCGACUCCAGCAUUUGAGCCGGACGCGCUGGAAGCUGCCGAGGCCGCCGCGAGAUCUCUUCAGCAUUUUGCAACAAGAGUAGAUGAUCCGCCUAAGCCGCAUGCUGCAUCCAACACAGCCAGCACCGAUGGCAAUGAAGAAGAAGCCGUCAUCUAUUCGCAGAUGAGAAUGCUCCAGGACCCCACAGGAAGGUUACUUUAUGUAGGAGAUGCUGCCUCCCUCUCGUUCCUUCAACUCCUCCGCAUGAUGGUGGAGAAUGUUGCUGGACCGUCGCAAUUCACUACAGACCCACGGAGACACAAGAUCACGGAAAUUCCCUUCUCUCUGCCAGCAACGAUGAGGCAUACCCAUCUGUUACCGGAUAAGAGGACUGCCUAUAUCCUGGUCGAGUCAUUCUUCGUAAAUACGCAUGGAUUCCUUCAGGUAUUCGAGCGACAUGCCUUUACUGCCGCUUUGGAACGCUGCUAUUCUGAUCCACUUACUACCGAGCCACCGUGGUUAUGUCUCUUGAACCUUGUUUUCGCAAUUGGACUUAUGCUAGCGACUCCCCGCCCCGACGCCCCGGAAGCAGCCAUCAUUGAAAAGCUCCACAGGGACCAUCCGGACAGGGCCGAGGUUUUCUACAUGAAUGCGAAGAGCCUGAACGACCCUCUACAUGGAUUCGAGGAUGCCGACUUUUGGUCCGUUCAAGCUCUGCUGUUGAUGUCGUAUUACAUGCUGGUAAAAUCAAAACGAAACACAGCUUUCGCUCUGCUCGGCAUGGCUGUGAGGUCCGCUUACGCCCUCGGACUCCACCGAGAAGAGACUAUGGUCAUCUUUGGUCAAGACGAACAAGCAGCAAGGCGAAACUUAUGGCGCUCGCUCUUUGUCAUGGAUCGAUUCCUAUCAUUCUCCCUCGGCAGGCCGGUUGCAAUUUCCGAAGACGAUUGCAGUGGCGACACUCUGCGGCCCACACAACCCGAAGAGCACGAUGCGUUUGGCUUUGACUCGGCUUUCCAGACCACCAUCCACCAAGGCAAGACUAACGCCAGCGCACUUGAAGCUGCCGUGCGAAGUUGUUCUGUUAUUGGAAGGAUACUCAAGGAGGUCUAUCAACAGCGCAAGAUCAGCACUCGUCUGGCCCAGGAAAUAGCCGAUGUAUGCAAAAUCUGGCCAAAAGCGUUGGCACCCCAGCUGCAUUGGCGACAGGCGCCGUCUGCCUGUCCUAGCCAGGGUAUUGCCAUACUCCACGUCAACCUCUUCUACUGCCACAGCAUCAUCCUUCUCACUCGACCUUUUUUUCUGUACAUUUUGAAUGCCGAGACGCAGAAAGAGAUGGGUCAUCAAACGUCAAAUGGGCACCAGCGUCACAAAUAUCCUCGCAUGGAGAAAUUCAGUGAGGCAUGUGUCAUUGCCUCAUCACACAGUAUCGUUCUGGUUCAAGCCGCUUCGGAAGCGGGCUACCUUCCGCGGAGCAAUCCUGCUGUGAUGUACUUCCUCUUCGCUGCGACAUUAGUUCUCCUGGCCAACGAGUUCGCUGGCCUGUACAUCAGCAGGGAAGCUGAUCACUGCAUUGCUAACGGCAUCAACAUCAUGAUGCACUGCGCGGAAUCCGACCAACAAGCUUCGCGGCUGUAUCACAUACUUGCGGCCUUCAGGGAAGUAGUCAACCAACAACGCGAUCGUCGACGCCGGCUACAGCAACCUCAAUCCAAUCUCAUGGGUGCCCUCAACCAACCCACUCCUCCGCAGCAAUUCCCCAAUUCAGUAUCUCGCCCAUCCGUCUCGUCAGAGCCUCAACAAUCCUUCAUGCAGCAGCACCAGCAGGACUUCUCAAGCGGCGCCAUCGGACACCAGCGAACACCACCCGACCUCACCCACACCCACGUCCCCAUGCAACAGCCUCCUCACCUCUCCACCGCCUCUCUCCUCAACCCCACGGCCACAGCAGCACCCAUGGGCCCCCCAACGCCCCAACAACAACAACAAGUGCUCGCCGCCCCAUCGCCCGGCGCCGCAACACCGCGCGGCGGCACCGCCACCAUGGCCGCCGCUUCGCCCGCCGGCAGCACCUUUUCCGGCGCCGCGCCGCCGCCGCCGCUGUCUCGCAACCUGUCGCUGUCGAACCUGCUCGACCUGAACGCGCUCGACAGCAUGGGCGGCAUCCCCAGCAUCAGGAGCGAGGACGGCUCGUCGGGCGCCGAGGAGCACAUCGACUUCGAUGCGCUGUGGGCGUGGCCGAGCAACACGCCGGCGGUGAGGAGUCCCAGGUUGAGUGGAGGAGGAGGAAAUGGUGGUGGUAUGGGGGAGAUGUCGGUGCUGGAGAUCAGCGAUUCGGCGGUGCCGUUGUUUGGGGUUUAUGAUCAGUGA